AUCCCCUUUUUUAUGGUAAUUUCUCCCUACGACUGAAUGCAACCCGAAGAUACAAGAUGCCAGAUAAACUAGAAGCAAAUUAACGACCUCAAUUUAUCAGUACAAGACCAACUUCUGAAAACCCAAGGCCAUGAUAGAAAGCAAUGGGACGUUGGAGUGUAUAUAUAUAGUAUAUAAUAUAUAAUUCAGUUGGGUAAUUUUAUUUGUGAACAUUAUCUUUCCCUGUGACUGUUUUCCUUCCUUUACAGCAGAUCCAACAAAAAUCCAGAAGACAAGGUUUAGAGAUAUGUGGGUUCAUAAAUACAACGAGCGAAGUUAAAGCUACAGAAAGAAUAGAGAAGAACCAAUACUCCAUUCUCAUCCAAAAAAACUCUGGAGGAAUAAUUUCAUCUCCCCAGACUUACUCGGAUUCAGAAAUUGGAAAAUGGAGAAAUCAAAGGCAGUUUUUAAGUCGUCAGGAACAGGGAACAAUCGGAGAUCGCUAGAAGUUUUUCAACCAAAAGAUAGUGCUGAAGAAUUUGCAAGUACACAGGACAUAGUGGUCGGAGAAGGAUCAUCAUCAUCGAUGAUUUCAACAGCGAAUAGGGAAGCAGUCGCGGUGAACAAAUGGAUGGCAUUCGGAGGAGAUACCGGAAGAGGCUUGAAAAUCGCCAGCUUUGACGAAUCCAUAAAAAGCCUAAAUGCGACAGGCGAGUCAGGGAAAGAAUCUUCAGAUAAAAUCCUGACCGGAGCCAGCAUCGCGGAGAGAACCGCUGAAUGGGGGUUGGUGGUGAAGUCGGAUGUCGGUGAAGGCACCUUCAAGGCGAUUAGCAGGAAGACCGAGGGAGAUGGAGAGGGAGAAGGGAGGAAGAAUUCGUGGGUGGAGUCGGCGAGGACGUCGGAGGAGUCAAAUUUGAGAGAAUCGGGAGCAUUCCCUAGGGUGUCGCAGGAGCUGAAGGCGGCUCUGGCGACGCUGCAGCAGACGUUCGUGGUGUCCGAUGCGACGAAACCGGAUUGCCCGAUAAUGUAUGCGAGUAGCGGGUUUUUUAGCAUGACUGGUUAUUCUUCCAAGGAAGUCAUUGGAAGAAACUGCCGCUUUCUUCAGGGAGCGGAAACGGACCUGAACGAGGUGGCCAAGAUAAGAGACGCGGUAAAAAAUGGGCGGAGCUACUGCGGGAGGCUCCUCAACUACAAGAAGGACGGCACUCCUUUCUGGAAUCUCCUCACCGUCACCCCAAUCAAGGAUGGCAACGGCAAAGCCAUCAAGUUCAUUGGAAUGCAGGUUGAAGUCAGCAAAUACACUGAAGGUGUCGUUGAUAAGGCCUUACGCCCAAAUGGAUUGCCUCAAUCCCUAAUUCGCUAUGAUGCUCGUCAGAGAGAGGAGGCUUUGGGUUCUAUUACUGAGGUUGUCCAAACUUUGAAAGAUCCCCAGUCUCACAUUCAUAAUGAUGCUACUGGCAAUCAUGAAGAGGAGGAAAAGUUCAACCUUGAUUACCUUCUUCCUAAAUCUGCUGCUAUUGAGAAUGUUGGUACACCAGGUAGUCAAACUCCUCAAUCGGUUCUGAGCACAGCGACUACUCUUCCAGAAGGCAAGAAGACUAGAAACUCAGCACGCAUCUCCUUGAUGGGGUUUAAGGGAAGGACCAGCUCUUCAGUGAAACAAGAAAAACAACCAAUUGUUGAACCAGAAGUUUUGAUGACUAGAGACAUAGAACACACUGACAGCUGGGAUCAUGCCGAAAGAGAAAGAGAUAUACGCCAAGGAAUUGAUCUAGCAACCACAUUGGAACGCAUUGAAAAGAAUUUUGUGAUCACUGAUCCUAGACUUCCUGAUAAUCCUAUUAUAUUUGCAUCUGAUAGCUUUCUUGAAUUGACGGAAUAUACACGUGAAGAAAUUUUGGGAAGAAACUGUAGGUUCCUUCAGGGACCAGAAACAGAUCAAGCAACUGUCUCAAGGAUUAGAAAUGCCAUCAGAGAACAGAGAGAAAUCACUGUUCAGUUGAUCAACUACACUAAGAGUGGAAAGAAAUUUUGGAAUUUAUUCCACUUGCAACCUAUGCGUGACCAAAAGGGUGAGCUUCAAUAUUUCAUUGGUGUCCAACUAGAUGGAAGUGACCAUGUUGAACCCUUAAGGAAUCGCCUCUCUGAGCAAACAGAGCAACAAAGUGCAAAGUUGGUCAAAGCUACUGCAGAAAAUGUUGACGAAGCUGUUCGAGAACUUCCUGAUGCUAACUUGAGACCAGAAGAUUUGUGGGCAAUCCAUUCUCAGCCUGUCUUUCCACGGCCUCACAAAAAGGAUAGUUCUUCUUGGAUAGCAAUACAAAAGAUCACUUCUCAUGGUGAAAAGAUUGGGUUGCAUCAUUUUAAGCCCUUAAAACCAUUGGGUUGUGGUGAUACUGGCAGUGUUCAUCUGGUGGAACUCAAAGGUACACGAGAACUCUAUGCUAUGAAGGCAAUGGAGAAAUCAGUAAUGUUGAACCGUAACAAGGUUCAUCGAGCAUGCAUAGAAAGAGAAAUCAUUUCAUUCCUAGAUCAUCCUUUCCUUCCCACUCUAUAUGCUUCUUUUCAGACUACUACACACGUUUGUUUGAUUACUGAAUUUUUCCCUGGAGGAGAGUUAUUUGCCUUGCUUGACAAGCAGCCUAUGAAAUUAUUUAAAGAAGAAUCUGCAAGGUUCUAUGCAGCAGAGGUUGUCAUUGGCUUGGAAUACCUUCAUUGUCUGGGAAUUAUAUAUCGGGAUCUGAAGCCGGAAAAUAUUCUACUCCAGAAGGAUGGCCAUGUCGUAUUAACUGACUUCGAUUUAUCAUUUAUGACAUCCUGUAAACCCCAAAUUUUAACGCAUUCCCUGCCUAACAAUAGAAGAAGAUCUAGAAGUCAACCGCCACUAGCUUUCGUUGCAGAGCCAGUUACACAAUCAAAUUCAUUUGUUGGAACUGAAGAAUACAUUGCUCCUGAAAUUAUAACUGGUGCAGGCCACAGUAGUGCAAUUGAUUGGUGGGCUCUUGGUAUUCUGCUGUAUGAGAUGCUAUAUGGACGAACACCAUUCAGGGGUAAGAACAGGCAGAAGACAUUCUCCAACAUCUUGCGCAAGGAUCUAACCUUUCCAAGUAGCAUUCCGGUCAGUCUUGCGGCUAGACAGUUGGUCAAUGCACUGCUGAACAGAGACCCUGUCAGCCGGUUAGGGUCAAACACUGGCGCCAAUGAAAUCAAACAGCAUCCUUUCUUCAGAGGAAUUAAUUGGCCCCUAAUCCGCUGCAUGAGUCCUCCUCCAUUGGAGGCACCUCUUCAACUUAUUGGUAAGGAUCCAAAAGCCAGGGAUUUUAACUGGGAAGAUGAUGGCGUUCUUGUUAAUUCUAUUGACAUGGAUAUCUUCUGAAGGUUCAUGUUAAUUUUAUUUGCACUAACAUCUGCAAAAUAUUAUGCGAGGCACUGUAUUGUCUUCCAUCUCAUGUUUAUGAAUGGAUCAGGUGCAACCUUUAGGACCACAUAAAUGGAGAUAAUGCAGAGCUCAGAUGAGAUGUGGUGAACUCUCAGAUUCCUUGGAGGUGAAGGCAUCUUAGGUUGGAGGCAGUGUGGAAGAUUGUACAGGAUAUAAUAAGUCGGUUAAUAGGGUAGGCAUUGGGUGAAGAGUGGAAAUGGAAUAAAAGAUGGAUUAAGGAAUGGGGAAUUGGAAGUGGGAGGAGAUGAGAUGCUCAUCACUUUAGCUGCUUGUAUAAUAUUAUAUAAUAGAGUUGUGAGUUUGAAGCGAACAUUGAGUUGCAUUCUAAAACCCCUGUACAUGUUUGAUUAAAGAAGACGGAUAUAUUGUUACGAUGAAUCUAAUUCAGAUAAUUAACCUUAAUGCAAUAU